AUGUCAAGUGAUUUCCGGAUUGUUGGUGGUAAACCGUAUAAUGCCACUGACUUUGGAUAUUUUGCAUCCCUGAGAAUACAACAAUACAACUAUCACUUUUGCGGUGCAGCUAUUGUAGCUCCUUAUUGGGCCGUAACUGCUGCUCAUUGUUCAUCAGCAAUGCAAGUUGGACCUUUGGAAAUUGUGGUCGGCACGCAAAGUAUUUUAGAAGGAGGACAGAGAUACAAUGUGUCGAAGAUUGUAAUUCAUCCAAAGUUCAACAUUACUAUACUUCAGAAUGAUUUAGCUCUUGUAAAAACAACGAGUCCAGUUGAUUUUAAUGAAAAAGUUUAUCCAAUUAAAAUGGCUGCUACUGAGUUCUACAUAGGUCCUGGCAUUGAUCUGACAGUUUUUGGCUGGGGAUUAACAUCAUAUCCGAAUGGUACAGUCCCUAUUAACUUUCACUACAUCCGAUUGCGCUCAAUCACCAAUACAGAGUGCACAGCUCGAUACGCAGAAACUGGAGUACCGGAAAUAGAAAUCUACCAACUCUGCACCUACAAUGAUGUCAAUGAGGGAUCAUGUAAAGGAGACUCUGGAGGACCCUUGGUGUCUCAGGAUAUCCUAAUGGGAAUUGUAUCUUGGGGAGUCCCUUGUGGUCAAGGAUAUCCUGAUGUCCAUACUAGGGUUGCCUACUUCAGGACCUGGAUUGAUUCUAUUAUUGAGGACGAUGAGGAUUCUCAAAAUUAUUUAAAGAAGGAGCCAGAGAUUCAAGAAGUUAAAAUAGAGGAAGAAAAUCCAUCUCAGUAA